CCAUCGGCCACCUCCCCUAAAAAUUUGUAAACCCGUCCCUCAACUUCCCAAAAUUCAUCCGCAACCCCUCUCGGAAUCCGAAAUUCACCAAAACACCCCGCCUUCUUCUCUAUAUAAAUCUUUCCCUCGCAUUGAAGUUCAAGCUAUCAUAAAAAGAAAAAGGAUUUCAACUGUUAGGACAAAGUCCAGCAAUGGCUGCCUCUUUAGCACCCUCUUUGGCCGACCAGAUGAACCUCCUCGACGAGCUCCAGCUCUUCAAGGUCCAAGGACGCGACAAGCGCGGCAAUAAAGUCCUCCGCGUCGUCGCAAAAUACUUACCCGAAGCGAUGUCUGGCCGGUCAAUUCCUCGUGUUUCCAGUUCACUGACAUUAAGCCUUUGCUCUGUUUCUCUCUCUCUCUCUCUCUCUUUGGUGUGGCGAUUUGGUAUUAUUUCAGCACGGAUGGUGAGCUGCGAAGCAGUGAAGAAGCAUUUGGAGGACUCGGUUUUCCCCAAGCUGGGAGAGAAGCCGUUCUCGGUAGUGUAUUUCCACGCCGGAGUUGAACGGAACGAGAAUUUCCCCGGAAUCUCUGCCCUCCGAUCAUUCUACGACGCCGUUCCGGAUCCCCUGAAGGAGAAUCUGCAGGCGGUGUACUUCGUGCAUCCAGGACUUCAAGCCAGGCUCUUCCUCGCCACCUUCGGCCGUUUCCUUUUCACCGGCGGAUUAUACGGGAAGGUGAAGUACGUUAGCAGGCUGGAGUUUGUGUGGGAGUACGUAAGGAAGGGAGAAAUCCAGGUGCCGGAGUUCGUGAAGGAUCACGAAGACCAACUGGAGUACCGGCCGCUGAGGACGAUGGAUUACGGCAUGGAGAGCGAUUUCCCCAGGCCGUACUGCGCCGGAGCUAACAUGGACAACCCCAUGGCUUUGUACUCCAUGCGUUGUAUUUCCUAGUGUUUAUGUACAGAAGCUUUAAAACGCUGUUGUGUGUAUAUAUAAAAAAAGUUUUGAGUGUGUUAGGACUUCAGGAAAGAGGUUUCCUUGCAAUAAAAGUUUUGAUGCAUUUUCUAUAUCUUAGACCACCA